ACUUGUACGAGCACGUGCCGGAUAGAUGUUCGUAGCUUACAAGGAAGCCUGUUCUUAUUUACACGCUCGUUUGCUCUUAUUUUCUGCUCGUUUCAUUCGUCAGGCUUAAACGCAAUACUGCAGCAGCAGAAAAAAACAGAAAAAAAAUUUAUUCCCCCUUUUUGAAUGCAUCUCGCAUCUCCCGCCGUACUGCUGCCGUUUGUUGUAUUAGAGGCGAACACUUGUUGAAUGUUUUUAUCCAAACAGCUCAACAGCUGGCAUUCGUUUGCAUUUUGUUUACCGUACAAUGGCAGAGAAGCAUUCUCGCGAAAGAGACUCGUUUUCGUAUCAUACUCUCUCUGUGCUAAUAGAUAUUGUGCUCGAUGUUGUGUUAGAGUAGCUUCUAAACGUUCGUGUCGGUCUCUUAUUACUCUCUUUCUACCUCUCUUUUACAGGGAUACUAAAAUGUUAUUAGAAAUGCUAAUUAAUAUUACUUUACUAUAGCAAACUUUACACAUUUGUUUUCCUAAUUGCUUCUAAUGGUUAAUUGCUUCUAAUGCUUCUAAUUCCCUUUAUCUGGAUCAUGAGAUGUGCGCAUCCCAAUGUAAGAUGAAAACCCCUGCAUCUUCUCUCAUGCUCGCACGUGUUGCACGAGUCGUGUUCAGCACGAGUUGUCUAACGUACAUGGCGUAACGUACAAAUGGCAGCUCCUAUCAGCUCGUAUCACCACCGAAGAUGUCAGUUACGUUUCGGUACGGAGUGCGUCAGGUUGUCCUGCAGUUCCUACACACGCACGCACAAAAAAAGCUUACGGUAACGUUACGGAAUCCAGUGUAGUUCACGUUGUCGUGGCGCGUAUUUAAAUUUUUACCGUUGUAAUAACUACUCGAAAACGUUACUCAAAGUGAACUGGUUCAGUAAAUGUGAAGUGAAAAAUUAAAAUCUGUUUAGAGUGUAAAUCAUUUUAAAGGUUUUAAAAUGUACAAAUAAUCUCUCUAAAAAAAUAAAUUUCGAGAGAAAGUGAAAAAAAAAUUCUUCAAAAAAAACAAGGUGAUCAGACUGCUGGAGGAAAAGUUGCUUCGGUCAGUGCAAUUCCACCUGAAAAAGAGGGAAAAUUCAAAUAAAAAAAUCAACCACCUUUUUACCAACCAAAACACAGCCCACAAACAGCACUGUGCUUUGCUUCCUUAUCGCGGGGGUUGGGGGGUUUGCUAGUUGCUAGUGGUCGAAAAGACCUCCAUCCGGAUCCCGACACAUCAAUGCUAGGGAAAAAAAACGCAAACCAUCAAUAUUACACGCGAAUCGAACGUGAAAAAGAGCGAUAAAACUACGCAAGUGUGCAUUUGAAGGAUUGGCAUCAACGGCAAAGAGAGAGAGAGAGAUAGAGGGAGAUUACAAAAAAGGGCUCCCACACAGAUCGUACAGAUUUCGGAUGCUGUAACACAUCCCCGCCAGGACAUUCGUCAUCGAGAUAAUCGUUUCGAGUGUAUGUGUGCGCUUGCAGGACCCUUGCGACCAAAACCGGCAGAGUGUGACUAGUGUGAACGAUGUGCGGGGAGAUAAACACGCAAUGCUCCGCAUAGACCAUCAUCAGCACGUGCAGUAGUAGCACCAGCGUGUGGGACGGUGGUGGUCUGCCGGAGACACUCAUCGAACGACGGGACGCAAAUCGAACAAAGACAGCUUGACACACGGUGCACGUCGCUUGCGUGUGUGUGUGUGAUCGUAAAUAUUUUACUAUCGCGUAAGGCGUAACGCGUCUCUUUGCGCUACGACGCAUACGGAAAUGCUGACGCCAGUGACCGGACUGGUAAGCUUGGUGGGUGCCGUAACGGCAGCUACGGCCGCCUCAACGGCCCCAGCCGCCAUGGCGUCACUCGUACUCGAUCACACCGAGCUGCCAUCGAUUGGUACGGUCAUGCCGGGCCGUGGACUGCUGCCAUCGAACGCAACGAAUCUCACCCUCACGCUCGAGGAACUGUUGCUGUUUGGGCGCCCGAACAGCAGCACGGUGCCACCGCCGACAGUGGACAACGAUAUUAUCUUCUCGAACAAGCUCGUACAGAUCGUGUUCUGUGUGCUUUAUUCCAGCAUCUUUGUGCUGGGAGUGUUCGGCAAUGUGCUCGUGUGUUAUGUCGUGUUCCGCAACAAAGCCAUGCAGACGGUGACGAAUCUGUUCAUUACCAAUCUUGCACUUUCCGAUAUACUGUUGUGUGUGCUGGCGGUGCCGUUUACGCCGUCUUACACGUUCAUGAGACGGUGGGUGUUUGGGAAGCUGUUGUGCCAUACGGUACCGUUGGCGCAAGGUUGCAGCGUGUACAUAUCGACCCUAACGCUAACGUCGAUCGCGAUCGAUCGGUUCUUCGUGAUCAUCUAUCCGUUCCAUCCGCGCAUGAAGCUAUCGACGUGCAUCACAAUCAUCGUGUUGAUAUGGUCAUUCGCUAUCAUGGUAACGAUGCCGUACGGUCUCUACAUGCGUCUGCACGGUGUCGCAUCGAAUGGAACGGACGGCACCACAAACACACUUUCCAGCGCAAUGUACUGCGAAGAGUUGUGGCCGUCGGAGGAAAUGCGCAAAACGUUCUCGAUCGUCACCUCGAUACUGCAGUUUGUGCUGCCAUUCAUCAUAAUGGCAUUUUGUUACAUCUGUGUGUCGAUACGGCUGAAUGAUCGGGCCCGUACCAAACCGGGCAGUAAAACGUCCCGCCGGGAGGAAGCCGACCGUGAUCGGAAGAAGCGCACCAACCGUAUGCUAAUCUCGAUGGUGGCCAUAUUUGGCAUUUCCUGGCUACCGCUCAACGUAGUCAACAUGUGCAACGACUUCAACUCGGACAUCAACAGUUGGCGGUUUUACAAUCUGAUCUUUUUCAUCGCCCACCUGACAGCGAUGUCCUCCACGUGCUACAAUCCGUUCCUGUACGCCUGGUUGAAUGAUAACUUUCGCAAAGAGUUUAAACAGGUGCUACCGUGCUUUGAUCCGUCCCGUGGUCGGGCGGGUACGGUAGGUGGCAAUCGGGCCGGCGGAGGGUGGCGUUCCGAAAGGACAUGUAACGGCAACAAUGAUACGGUGCAGGAAACGCUCAUACCGAGCUCACAAAUACUGCCCAGCAGUCGCAGUUCGCAACCGCAGCAACAACCGCAACAUCUGAGCUCGUCCUCCAGCCAGGGACAGAGCAAUCAACCGACGGUCGAUUCGAUUCUUCUCUCGGAGGUUGUCCCACCGCUAUCCCUUCCACCCCCGCUUACCGGCAACAUGUUGCCGAGUGUGCAAAGCGCCGAAACAGUAAUCCUUCCAUCGGGCGUGCUGGAAACACCGUUCGAUGUGCAGCUCAUCCCGUGUGCGGGAACGUCGGUCAGCAAUGGCACGUCGGACGCGACAAAUCUCACCGCAGCUGGGGGAGUUCGAAACGGAUUAAGCCAUGCGUGUACGAACCCAAAACUUUCUUCACUCAUACUCAUCAACGAUGGAACAACGGCUGAUUCGAAAGUGCCCGCCAUACUUUAAGCGGAUGAAGCUGCGAAAGUACAUCGUUAAUUCACUCGUGCCCGGGACAUCAAAAUCAAUCCUUCGGAGGAAAGAAUUAAAUUCUAUCAUCUUCGCACGCCCGAGGCCCCAACCGUUAGAUGAGUCUCCUACGCAAACGCGCACCGACCAGAAGACGAAAUGAGUUGACAAAUUUACGGUACAUCACAGAUCGUCAUCAGAUCAGCAGGCAGCAACAUUCACCGCACUGCGUACAAUGCGUGUUCCGUGUGCGGUGUGUGUGUGUGUGUGCUCGGUUUUCCAGUCACCCUCGGGGUGUGAAAUGAAAUGGAUUUUCAACGGUUUCAGCGAAAAGGAAGCAAACAAACAGCAGCCAAAAAAAAGAAAAAAAGAGAAACCAGUGCAAUGCUGGUGUGGAUUAAAUGAUGUGACAUAAACGAGACGACAUGUGUGCAAUGGUUCAUUGCCAAAGGGCACGUUGUGUGAUGUCUCUCAUAACUUCUCGUUUUCAAAAAAACAAA